AUGUCAAGCUAUGCCAGUUGGAACCAACAACCAGCCCGCACUAAGACAGUGCAGUUCUUGACGAACGAGAUUGGAAUCCCUGUGAGCCCUGGCGACAUCAUUUGCAUGGCCAAUGCCAAACGUUUGCUUCCUGGCAGCACAUUCCAGGAAUUCUGCCAACGCAUCAAGGAGGAUGCUCACUUUGCAGAUGUAGCAAGCAAAGGGAGGGAGGCCAUAGCCUUUGAAUUGGAAUCCAGAAAGGGAAAUCCAUUGCCGCUCUUUCUGCCUAGCAGUGAUAUCGCAGAAACCUCGAGCUUUGGACACACCAUCUACUCCAAAGCCGGCCUGCUCACAGACUCAGAGCUGGUUAGGUUGGUUGACAAGAGUGCCAAAGAUCUCCAGCUCAAGCCGUUCACAUCUGAGUGGUGUUCAGUGAAGGGCGAGGUCAGCUUCUACCUGAUCUCACUCCAAGGCUUGCCAGCCGAUCUGAUGCAGACAAUCCGGAAGGUCAAGCUUUUCCACAGUGUUGGCAUCCGAAGUGACCGGGUCUGGUUGAAUGAAGCUACACAACUCAGCAAGGGACAAGGCGCUGAUGUCUCCAAGCAUUUAGCCUUGAAGUAUGGAGAAAGAAAAAGACCUGCAGGGCUGAUGAACCAUUCAACUGCAGAUUCCACCAGCUUGCAGACUUUGGAAGACUUGAAGCAGCUAGCUGCUCUGCUGGAAAAUACUCGACAGGAGAACCUUCUCACUGACGCUGCUGGGGCCGGAGCCUCUGCUCAGGCGCCUGAACCUGUCGGACCUGUGAAGAAGUCAGACACCAUGCUGGCUGCCCUCGGUGAUGAAGAGGGACCCAAGAAGCCAGUUGUUCGCAAAAAGGGCAAAGGAAAGGACCCAGCAACAGCAGCAGCAGCACAGCCCUCAGCUUCAGGCACAGCAGCGCCCAGCAAACCCUUGCUGACCAUUGGGGAUGGUACCAAGUCAGACAAGUCAUCCAAGAGGGCCAAGGAGCAACAGUCACUGUUUGAAGCUUUGGACUCAGAGAUGCAGGGAGUGGCGGCGCUUCAUGUCUCAUGCCAAGGAGACAGGACGUCCAAAAACAGCGGCUUCAAGAGUUUGCAGUUCCUGACCCCUGAGGUGUUCAUGACUGGUACCACUGACCACAACAAGGGCCACUGCAUAACAGGAGUAGCAGAGAAAAUCGAGAAAAGUCUCCAGGCCACCCAGCCCGACUCCCAUGAGUUGCAGGUCUUAUCUCGCAGAAUCAGGCUAUGCACCAACCUCCAAACCUUGGAGGAAAUUACGGCCAAGAAUUUGAGCACGUGGGCUGAAUUUGACAUCACCCUCAAAGCUGUCUCCGAGUAUUGCCCAAAGUUUCCGAUUGCCCUCAAGGUCAAGGUGACGUUUGCCUACACAAUCCGGGAAAUGCACAGAGUGUCUGAAGUUGUCACUGAAGACUCCUCUGACAAGCAAGAUUUGGUGAACCAGGUCAACAAGUUCUUGGAUUGUUUUCUUGUUCAUCUUGGGGGUGGUGAGGAAUGGGAUGGCUGUCAGCCAACGAUGUCAGGGCUGUGCUUAGAAGCUUUCGAGACUUUGACAGGACAUGUGAAAGACAUGGAGGAUGGCAAUGCCACAGAGGAGAGUGGCUUCAUUGAAGCUGCAGCUGGCACCUGUGUCGAGGUUCUGAAGGAAGUGGCGAGGAUUACCAUCGAGCAGUUCCAGGAUUCCUCUUUCAGAGUCAUGUUUGCCAACCCGGUCAAGUACUUGCAACACCUCAAAGUCAUUGCCUGGCAAUUCCUCAAAAACCUGCAGCCCUGCAAGAGUGCCUUGGAGAAACUUCAAGCAGGUGAUGGUGAUGGCUUUGUUGCUGCUGAUUCUUUCGACGCCUUGACCAAAGAGCUGGGUCGCAUUGAGAACAUCAUGAGGUUCAUUGCUUCGACCCUGUUCACAACUUCCGACAUGAUUGAGUUCACUGAGGACGUGGGCCUGACUCUCAAACCUUCUGAGGAUGCCGUCUGGCUUGCUGGCUACACUGGCAAAGCCUCUUUCGAACGCGGCUUGUCAGAGAUUGUGAAAGGCAGUGGGGCCUGGACUUCCAUCACUGACGAGCUUGUGAAGACUGCAGGAUCUUCAACCAAGCUUCGGCCGGCAUUGGAGAGGGCAGUAGAAACUCUCAAGAGCAUCAGGGAUGGAAAACUUGAACUGACGCUGCUUCGCUUGGACGACUUGAACCAGAUCUUUCCCCAGCUUGAAGCUGGAAUGCGGCGAUGUGAUUUGGAGGAAGCGAAAACAUUGAUGACAAGUACGCUCAUUGCUGCUUCGGAUGAGAUUCUGGGGGAUGGAGCAGGAAAAAGCUCCGGUGUCACCUCAAAGUUUGUUUCAGGCCUGCUGAAAGGCUUCAAAAACCUUUCUGCUAUGCCAGGCAUGACAACCAAAGCGCAAGAUUUGGAGAAGUGGAUGACUGUCCAUGUGAAGGAGAUGGCCAUGAACGAUUUGGUUCGACUGGCUGCUCCUGGCUAUUUGGACAGCUUGAAUGAUGUGCAGGCAGUGGUUGGCAAACUUGCCAAGAUCCCAUUUCCCCCAGAUCGUCCCGAGAUUGGCCUUGCCGCCCGCAAGCUUCUGAACUAUGGUCUCAGCCAGCUGAUCACAGAGGUAAACAAAGACUUGGCCAAGAUCACCUACCAGAAAUUGCUCAAGCAAACUGGGCUCAUGAGCAACUUGUGCAAAAUGGCCUACCCAGGUGACUCAGAUUCAGAUCAAGAGGCAGCCAGGUGUGUUCAAUGGCACACAGGGUUGGUGAAGUCUGGGGUUUCCUUGAAGAGUUCUUUAGACAAUCUUGAAUCACUUGGAGCGUCUGUGGAGGAUAUUGUCCGAAAAGACAAAGGCAAGGUGAGGCUAGCUGCCUUUUUGAGUUCCCAGAAGCAGUUCGUGGACCAGCUGGCUGACUUCAGCAAGUUCAAAGCCGAGUCACCGACCCUGCAGGCCGUUGUCGAGAAGGCAGGCAGGUCAGCCGAAGACGACAUCCUGUAUGACCUCAUCCUGACCAUUGACUCAGGCAAAGGCUUCCAGGAGUUCUGUGAGGCUGACGUGGUUUACGAUGUGUUGGCCCGCCAUUUGGUCAAUCACCAAUCCAGCUUGGAAACCCAUCGUGAGAAAAUUACCAAGGGCAUCCUGAAAGUCACUGAGGAGAAUUGCUGGCACAAAGAUCUUACUCCCGAAGACUCCAUUGAGGUGGUUUUGGAAACUGGUGGAAAUGCCCUCCUCAAGCUUGACUUGAAAGGGGCUAUCUUCAAAGGAAUCUUGGAGACUUUCUGCAAGGAGAUCGAAGCGGCAAAGCUCUUGGAUUCGCAGAUCGCUGACUCGUCGAUGAAGAGGAAGGAGGAGGCCAAUCCUGAUGAAGCGUCGGGGUUUGGGUGCAGCCUUACUUCGUUCAGAGACAAACUUCAGAAUGCCGAGGUGGCUUACAAGCUUGGGGCCAGAGUCUAUGGGGAACAGACUUUGGUCCUCUCCCUGCGUCAAUUCAAGGCAGACCCGUCCAAGAUUGAGAAGUCACGUACCCUAGUCCGUGAUACUUUGGUGUUUCUGCAGAAGAUCGAAACUGAGCUGGAAGCUGACAUUCACCCGGUGCUCCAUCAGGCUGCAACGGGCUUAUUUGGCUGAGUCUGAC